GGUACCUCUGCUUCGCCAUUGUGGAUAGGAAAGAACAUGGAACUUAUAGCUUUAGUUUGCUGCUGAUUACAAAUCGUGUGUUGGGGUAUAACACUUCACCAUGCCGCUAAAUGUGAUCCGGGGCAUCAUACGGGGUGCUACACGAGGCGUGCUGACCGGGAAGAAGGGCAACAAAAACUUUUAUAAAGGACGAGGCGUGAGACCACCAGGAUUCCAUACUAGAAGAGGAGAAUACAAGAUUGUUCAAAGAAAGGUUCCAGAAUUUAUUGUGCCUGACCUUUCAGGAUGUGAUCUUAAGCCGUAUGUAUCAUACAAGGCUCCCAAGGUGGAUACUCCUCCACUGACAGCUGAAGGCUUACUGGAACAAAUCAAAGAGAAUAUCCAUCUUCUUAGACACAGAGAGGUUCCAUAGAAUAUACCCGGACUUAACACAGAGAGAUUCCAUAGAAUGUACCCGGACUUAACACAGAGAGGUUCCAUAGAAUGUACCUGGACUUAACACAGAGAGGUUCCAUAGAAUGUACCCGGACUUAACACAGAGAGGUUCCAUAGAAUGUACCCGGACUUAACACAGAGAGGUUCCAUAGAAUGUACCUGGACUUAACAUAGAGGGGUUCCAUAGAAUGUACCCGGACUUAACACAGAGAGGUUCCAUAGAAUGUACCCAGAUUUAACACAGAGAGGUUCCAUAAAAUAACAUGACUUAGCACAGAGAGGUUCCAUAGAAUGUACCCGGACUUAACACAGAGAGGUUCCAUAGAAUGUACCUGGAUUUAACACAGAGAGGUUCCAUAGAAUGUACCCAGACUUAACACAGAGAGGUUCCAUAGAAUGCACCCAGACUUAACACAGAGAGGUUCCAUAGAAUGUACCCAGACUUAACACAGAGAGGUUCCAUAGAAUGUACCUGGACUUAACACAGAGAGGUUCCAUAGAAUGUACCCGGACUUAACACAGAGAGGUUCCAUAGAAUGUACCCAGAUCUAACACAGAGAGGUUCCAUAAAAUAACAUGACUUAGCACAGAGAGGUUCCAUAGAAUGUACCCAGACUUAACACAGAGAGGUUCCAUAGAAUGUACCCAGAGUUAACACAGAGAGGUUCCAUAGAAUGUACCCAGACUUAACACAGAGAGGUUCCAUAGAAUACACCUGGACUUAACACAGAGAGGUUCCAUAGAAUGUAAACUGUGUUAUCACAGAGGCUCCAUAGAAUACCAUGACUUAGCACAGAGAGGUUCCAUAGAACAUAUUCUGACUUUAAUACUGUUGUUUAUGGAUGGAGAAGAAACUCAUCUUAAUCACAGGAGGUUCAUAGAACAUACUCUGACUUUAAUACUGUUGUUUAUGGAUGAAGAAGAAACUCAUCUUAAACACACACGAGGUUCAACAAGCUGUUGUUUGCUCUGGAUCUCAAUUUAUUGAAAAUAAAGAUACAAAAUGCUUGUAAA